UUUAUAUAUUAGCUAAAAUCUAUCCGUUAUUGUUGAGUUUCAAAUUUCAAAGAAUUAAUCAACUGACCUAUAAUUAUGGUUUUAGAAGGUGAUUUCAACUAUUCUCUUUUCAAGACGGCACAGUGUGGUCAAAAACUGUGUGCUGCUUACUCCUGCAGGGCUUCUGACCUUUUAAAGUCCACGCACUGUCCAGGCCAAGGAGAAUCUUUUAACACCAGUCCUAGUAUAGGCUUUACUGUACCACGACAAAGUAGUCCCCGACUCAAGACUCCCAGCCAAAAUCGACUGAAACGGAAUAAUACAGUUGACCGACCCCAACCUAUGAGAUCAUCUCGAAGACCCCUGCCCUUGGAACCUAACAACUGUUUCCGGCAGAGAAUCAAAAGUAGUCCGGCAGACAUGACACUUCCGCCGGACUUUAACUUCAACACCCGUUCUUCAUCUAAUCACUCACCGCCAUUGUCGAACGAUGGAAAUGACUACCAGCGGCUCCGAAACUUUUCUCUAACACCCAAGGGGGUUAUCAAUCGAGGGGACUCCUUUCGCUCCAAAUCUCGGAGCAUCCACAGUGUUUCAUCGGUUAGUUCUUUGCCUUCACGCAACAGUACAGCGCUACCGACAACACCAGUUAUUCCACCAGCAUGGUUGCCCUCCACGGGGGAUUCUGAAGUCCCCCACGUUUUUGUCACUGAGAGUGUUCGUCACAGAGUGCUGGUCAUUGGCUGCCCGGAAGUGGGUAAAUCAUCUCUCACUUCCCAGUUCACUACGUCAGAGUAUAUCUGUGCGUACGAAACCUCUUUAGCUGAAGAAAAUGAGAAAUCAGUUACCAUAGUUCUUAACGGACAGGAGUCAGAGCUAGUUUUUGUCGAGCAUUCGUUUGUGGAUAAUAUGAUUUUAUUAACCAUUUGCAACUUCGAUGCUUACAUUGUUGUGUAUUCCGUCAUCAACAAGCGCAGCUUCCAACAGACCAAACACUUACUCCAGCAGAUUGUUAAAUAUCCUAGCAACGACAAGAAAGCCGUUAUCCUAGUAGGAAACAAGGCCGACCUAGUUAGACUGAGAGUAGUCACAACCGACGAUGGCCGAACCAUGGCGACAUCUUACGGUUGCAAGUUUAUAGAAACAUCGGUGGGAAUCAACCAUCACGUGGAUGAACUACUUGUUGGUCUUUUAAGUCAGAUUCGACUAAAGCUACAACAUGAAGAAACAGUGAAGAAGAAAAGACAAUCGAUCACGCUUGAAAGAAACAAAAGUCGUUCGUCACAGCUUGUUGGUGGAAAAGCAAAAUGUUUUAUUAAAAAAAUAUUAGGCAGGUCUUCGGCCAGCUGGAAGUCAUGCGACAAUUUACAUGUUUUGUAACAAAAACUAUCUGACGUAUGUGUUUUGAUUAAAGAUUUAACAGAACUGUUUUGUAACAAAGGCUAUUUAUCGUAUGUGUUUUAAUGAAAAAUCUAUCAAACUGCUUUGUAACAAAGACUAUCUUA